CCAUAAUAGAGGAGAGAUUAGACGAAUCCUGUACAAGUAGGAAAGGAAAUCAUCCUCAUCUCAAUUGCUCUUCCAAUUAUCGUCCGACUGCAUAACAAAGAUUACUGUGACAGCCUAAGCUAUCUUCCCCUCAAUUGACCCCUCCUCCCUUCUCUUCUUCUUUCCCAGUCUUUUCUUCUGCCCACUGUCGGUGGGCGCUCUUCAUCACGUCUCCCGCACCGCCCGCCAUCUUUCUCUUCCUUUCUCUACCCCUCCGUUUAGAACGAUCCGCAGCUGGUUCUGCUUUUGCCUCACGCCUCCAUCAGUCCUCUCCUUUCUUCUCCCCGUUUUCUUCUUCUCCUUAUUUUUCUGCCUUCUCCCGCCGAAACUACUCCAGCAAGAAGAAGAAAAAGAUGCCUCCCAAGAAGGCCGUUGUCCAGGAGAAGGUCCUGCUGGGCCGUCCAGGAAACAACUUGAAGAGUGGUAUCGUCGGUCUGGCCAACGUCGGCAAGUCGACGCUCUUCCAGGCCAUCACCAAGUCGUCUCUGGGUAACCCGGCCAACUUCCCCUAUGCCACCAUUGACCCCGAAGAGGCUCGUGUCAUCGUCCCUGAUGAGCGAUUCGACUGGCUUUGCGAACACUACAAGCCCAAGUCUCAGGUUCCCGCCAACUUGACCGUGUAUGAUAUCGCCGGUCUGACUCGUGGUGCCUCCACUGGUGCUGGUCUGGGAAAUGCUUUCCUUUCCCACAUUCGUGCUGUCGAUGCUAUCUUCCAGGUCGUCCGAUGCUUCGACGAUGCUGAGAUCAUCCACGUCGAGGGUGAUGUCGAUCCCGUUCGUGAUCUGACCAUCAUCAGCGAGGAGUUGCGGAUCAAGGAUAUCGAGUUUGUUGAGAAGGCACUCGAGAGCUUGAACAAGCAGACAAAGCGCGGCGGACAGUCUCUUGAGAUGAAGAAGCUGCGUGAGGAGGAGGCCACCGUCGCCAAGGUGCUUCAAUUCCUGAAAGAUGGAAACGACGUCCGCAAGGGUGACUGGGCUCCCAAAGAGGUUGAGGUUAUCAACCCUCUCUUCCUGCUCACGGCCAAACCCGUUGUUUAUCUGGUCAACCUCAGCGAGAAGGACUACAUCCGUCAGAAGAACAAGUACCUGCCCAAGGUGUUCGAGUGGAUCCAGAAGAACUCUCCCGGUGAUCCUCUGAUCCCCAUCUCCGUAUCCUUCGAGGAGCGCCUGGCUGCCUUCGGCGAUGACGCCAAGGCCGCUGAGGAGUGCAAGGCUUUGAACACCAAGUCCGCUCUGCCAAAGGUUAUUGUUACUAUGCGCCAAGUUCUCAACUUGGCCAGUUUCUUCACCACUGGUGCAGACGAAGUCCGUCAAUGGACUAUCCGCAAGGGCACCAAGGCUCCCGCGGCCGCUGGCGUGAUUCACACUGACUUUGAGAAGACCUUCAUUCAGGUCAUUGUGUACAACUACACCACCCUGCGGGAGUAUGGCGACGAAGCCGCUGUCAAGGCGGCCGGCAAGAUCAUGACCAAGGGCAAGGACUACGUUGUGGAAGAUGGUGACAUCCUCCUCAUCAAGGCCGAAAAGCCCAGCGAUCGACCUGUUGACCUCUCCAUCGCAUACCACAAAAUGUUCAAGAAAGAUAUCCCCCCAAGCGGCCGCUCAAAAGUCAAGUCCUCGGUGCAGCGCGGCCUCCGCCAGAAAUUGCUCGACACAUAUCCCGGCUUCGAGCCGUAUAUCGAUGAGAUCCUCCCCAAGAAAUCCCAGCUCGAUGCGGUGAAAUUACCGGAUAGAGCGACAUUAUACACCAUCGAAUCGACCCCUCUGUUCUACCAGCCCAUGGAUGGGCCGCCGAUCCCGCAUCUCAAGCUGCUCCAUUCGUACCCUGAUGCCUUACCGACGGUUCAGAUCGAUCGGGGUGCGAUCCGGUUUGUGCUUUCGGGCGCGACGCUCAUGGCGCCUGGGUUGACGUCGCCUGGUGGGCGGUUACCUGAUGCGGAGCAUGCGUUGGAGAAGGGGCAGGUGGUUGCGGUCAUGGCUGAAGGGAAGGAGCAUGCGUGUAUGGUUGGGCCGUUGAAGGUCGGAACGGAGGAGAUGAAGGAGAAGAAGAAGGGUGUGGUCAUGGACGAGGGGCAUUAUCUAGGUGACGGCUUGUGGAAGAUGCAUUUGGAUUGAGUUGGUUCUCUUCUGUAAAUGACAAAUGAUUUGAGGUUCUUGUUUCUUGCUUGGGUUGCCUACUGGUUAUGCUUUACAUGGAAGCAGCACAUAUGUGUCAUGGCUGAUGAAACUGCUGUCGCAGAAGAAUAGAGACGAUCCUGUCUAGUCAAUGAAGAUGACG